CUUCACUAUCAAGAUUCUUUUCUAUUCUCCCCCCAGACGGCCUCGAGCACGAUGGCUCGCCAGCGGAACUCCGAGAUCGAGGAGGCUUUCACCACCUACAAAGCUCCGGAUCGGAAGCGCUGGAGUGUUCGGUGCAAUUGGUGUCAGAAGGAACUGGCGCAGCAUGCGGGACGGCAGGUCAAUCACCUCCGCCUCUGCCAGCCCUACCAGAGACACCUGCGGGAACAAGGGAUAGCCCCCACCGAGGGACGUCAGGUCGUCCGUCUCGGGUCCAUCAAAUCGAACAACGCCGGUACAAGCGUGAGCAACGAGAUAUCGUCAUCGCCUCCACUCGACGCUGCCGACGAGAUGCACGAAUCGUCGACGGUCUCUAUACGGACGAGGUCGGGAGAAUGCAGGUAUAUGGUCCGCUCGGGGAAGGUCGGGAUAGGGUGUCCGUGCCGGGCCGGAGAGUUCAAUAUCCCCGAGAGUGUCAACGGUUGGGUUGAUAUUCGCUGCAAUAACUGUGCCCAUCUGAUUGGGAGCCAUGGGAAUUGUCCGGAGGAUAGUGGGUCUGCAGCGGCUGGCAGUGUUGCGUCCGUUGGCAUGACGACUGAACACACUCCGAGCAAGAGCCAGAGGCCUUCCGAUGUGCCUGUUUUCUUGAACAUUCAAUCCUCACCCAGGCACCAUAUCGUCAAUGCCCUAUGGGAACAGCAACAGCUCCUCCGAGUCAUCCAGAUCUAUGGCCCCCCAUCCAGCGGAAAGUCCACUCUUGCGGGCUUGCUCUCAACGCAUGUAUCCGCAAGCUCGAACUCCGACAUCGAGGUAUGCAGCAUCGUCUGUCAGCCGCUUCCCCAUUUACCUUCCCACUCCCACUGGAUCUCUGUUCUCCACAGCAUCGGCGUACCGGAACAAUUCCUCAAAUCCCAGGGCCCGAAGCUGUUAAUUCUCGACGAUUCGCAAUACCUGAGCCCGUUUCGCAACCUUUGGAACGAUCUUAUCAAGCGCGAGACGACGGAAGGGAUGAGAAACUUUUAUAUCGCCCUAUUCUCGUCGUAUUCCGAUGAUGAUAUGUAUCUCUCACGGAAACAGACCGUCUCGUGCCGGCCACUUCCUACCAAUAAUUCCAAUGUGUCGUUGUAUUUUACACGGGAGGAGUAUCACGAUGUAAUGAACGCGGUCUGUGGCCCUAGUUUCAAAGCUCGAAAGACCGGGGCGUUGGUCUUUUCCGAGGAGGCAAGGGAGUUCUUGUACUCGUUUACCGGUGGGCAUCCGGGUUGCGUUCGGAGCAUCAUCGGUGCGAUGAAGGAGGUCCAGGCUUCAAGAUCACCCGGAGAAGGAGACCUAUGCUUCAUACCCGCAGUGCUAUCCACCGUUUUCGCUCGCAAUUCCGUUGAUUUCAGUUAUUUCCUCAAGACGUCUGCCAUGCAAACACUCUUUCCACAAUCUCUUCUCGCUUCCUUUGAGCAAUCGCAGAUUGCAAGGACGAUGCAGCAAGUUGUGGCCCGCCAGAGCGUCACCGAAAACACCGCAAACAGGGCCACCCUCGAAGCCUGCUGCCGAAAGGGCCUGUUAAUUUCUGAGAUUGAUCCAGUCGCAAAUACCCGGACCUAUACCACUCCGUCGCUUUUGCAUCGCCGCGUCUACGAACACCUUCUGAGCCACAUAUUCCCGCCUGCCAACUCGAUAUCCAACCUUACGCUGAUCGACUUCAUCUCUACCGCCCUCCGUCUUUUCUCCCGCAGCUCCCUAAACCACCAUCUCGGCGGCCUCCUAGGACCAGGCCUCACCAUCCGCCCGAGCUCUCGGCUUUACUACGACGAAUUAUACCGCGUGUGUUGGGAUCUCAUGCCUGUCGUGGAAUGCGAGAAGCAGAGGGGCGGAUUCGAACUGUGGUUCCCGGAGAAGCGGUGGGCCAUCAGGGAUAAAACGCCUGCACGUGACGGGGAAGUUCAGGAGCAGAUUUGGUUGGAGUUUGGGAUGGUAGUGCCAAAGGUUAUCGACGGCUUCACCAUGCUCCCAAAGUACCUCUAUCACGUCAUCUUCAAAGAGGAUUAUUCCACCUGCGAGAUUCUGGACGGCAGCCUGGAGCGAAUCGAUACCUUCGAGCUGAUGCCAUGAGCCACAAAGAGGUGGAGGGGAGGGAGGGG